AGUUCUUCAAGAUCUGGGAUCAAUCAAGCGACGCGAAAACGUUUCGAUCACGAGCGCGUCACACACACAACCAACAACUACCAAUCUCAUGGACUCGGCCAGCUCCCUGGCCAUAGGAUUUUUCGUAUUGUCCCACUUCCUGCGGGCACAAUUGCAUUUGGUCUUCAUCGAGGGGCUUCUUGCAGCUCUUGAAGACUACCGCUGGCGUUGGGUCCGGAUCGCCUUGACCAGCACUUGGAAGAGCGCGAAGACUAUGUGGAGGUUUUGAAUGCGCAGUAGGAAGGGUUUGAAGUCGUCUGGGGGAACGAAGAAGACCUCGACUUCGAUUUCCUUGACUAAUCUCGUACAAUUAACGCGCCACCAGCAGCAGAUUGUUCUCUCGAGCGUUGAACAUUCGGCCUCUAUUACCCAACUCUGCUUGGUACUGUACAACCAAACUCACCCGUCAUUCAUCAAUCACCCAACUCCCCUGGUACAACCACACAUGGAAUUCGACGCCGGGGCACGACGCUUGCUCCUCGUUCACUUCGUCAGCUUCUUCAACUUAGGCCAGUUGCACCUUCGUGUCGACGCCCUUCUUGUCACCUUUGUGCAUACCCUGGAAGGUAUCCUCCUCCUCUGGGAGCUCUUCACGACUCGGUGGGUUCAGUUCUACGAACGACAGCAGUGGCAGGACCAAGCGCGCCGCGAAGUUCGUAUCCCUUCUGUCAAGAAGCUCGUUUUCAUACUCUUUCUUCACUUUUGUCUGUUCCUGCUCCUGCUGCUGGAAAUAUUUUAAAGCCGACGCGGGGUGUCAGUGUGCAAAGGUAAUUGGUCACUCACGUCAUAUGCAGGGCGGGGCAUACAGUAUUUCAUUGUCCCAUCUUCGCCUCGUCCUUUCUUCUCCUUCACCCCGCACUGUGUUCCAGCACUUUUAUGCACUUACCCUGCGCACCGAACGCUUCUAGAUCAGCCAUUGUUCGAGUCUGCUUCGUACAAUCAGGUAA